CAAGUCUCAGUUCCUCCAGAUCUAAUCUCUACUCUCUCGUUCGCCCGCCUACAUUCUGUUCCCUUCUCCUUCUCUCCCCGUGAAGCGUCUUCUCCGCGUUUCUUCUUGCAGUAAUGGAGCGAAUAUAUGUGACGGUGAGGGCGAGACCUCUCUCGAUGGAGGAGGCCAAGAACACCCCUUGGAGGAUCUCCGGCAACUCCAUCCACCUCGCCAACCAGUCGACCAAAUUCGAAUUCGAUAGGAUUUUUGGGGAAGACUGCAAGACUUUGGAUGUUUACGAGGCUCGGACGAAAGAUAUCGUGGGCUCUAUUGUUCGUGGAUUCAACGGUACUGUCUUUGCCUAUGGACAAACAAAUAGCGGUAAGACAUAUACAAUGAGAGGAUCUGUCGCUGAACCAGGGAUCAUCCCUCUUGCCGUGCAUGACUUAUUUCAGAGUAUCCAAGAGGAUUUGGAUAGGGAAUUCCUUGUUCGCAUGUCUUACAUGGAAAUAUAUAAUGAAGAAAUUAAUGAUUUGUUGGCUCCAGAGCAUCGGAAGCUACAAAUUCAUGAGAGUAUUGAGAGGGGCAUAUAUGUUGCUGGUUUGAGAGAGGAAAUCGUUACUUGCCCUGAACAGGUCCUUGAUUUAAUGGUGUUUGGAGAAUCUCAUCGCCACAUUGGAGAGACAAACAUGAAUCUUUAUAGUAGCAGGUCUCAUACAAUAUUUCGCAUGAUAGUUGAGAGUCGGGAAAAAGUUGAAGAUAGUGAUAUUGUUGAUUCUUGUGAUGCAGUUCGUGUUUCUGUUCUGAAUUUAGUGGAUUUAGCCGGUUCAGAACGUGCUGCAAAAACUGGUGCAGAAGGUGUGCGUCUAAAAGAGGGUUCCCAUAUUAAUAAAAGCCUAUUGACCCUUGGUACUGUUAUAAAAAAGCUAAGCGAAGGUACAGAGAGCCAAGGGGGUCAUGUUCCUUAUCGGGACAGCAAGCUCACUAGGAUUUUGCAACCUGCACUCGGUGGAAAUGCGAAUACUGCAAUCAUAUGUAACAUAACGCUUGCACAGGUUCAUACAGAUGAGACAAAAAACACUCUUCAGUUUGCAAGUAGAGCUUUGCGUGUUACAAAUUGUGCAUGCGUGAAUGAGAUUUUGACAGAUGCUGCUUUAUUAAAACGCCAGAGAAAGGAAAUUGAGGAGCUUCGAGCAAAACUGCUGAGCUCUCACUCAGAACAUUUGGAGGAAGAAAUUCUGAACCUACGAAACACACUAUUACAGAGUGAGCUUGAGAAGGAGAGGAUUGCUUUAGAGUUGGAAGAGGAGAAGAAAGCUAAAGAUGACCGCGAGAGGAGAUUGCUAGAGCAAGCAAAGAAAAUUGCAAAUCUUAGUUCAUUGGUUUUAUGUUCGGAAAGGGAUGAGAAGAGCACAUACCUCAGUAAGAAUAAAAGACGGGUUACGUGGUGCCCAGGACCCUCUUCCAGGAAAUGUACAAAUGAGGUCCACACUCCAGAUCAGGCAGCUAGUAUCAUAGAGCCUAUUGUACACGAGCGAGAUAUGAGUUUGCCACUUCCUUUUGAAGAAUUAAUGCAUGAAAAUGAAGCUGCAAUGGAUGAAAAUAAUGGUGAUGCCUGCUUACCUGAUAGUGCUGAGAAUGAAAAUGAAUGCAGGGACUUUCUUCUUCCUGAUGCACAUGCUUUGUUGCAUGUUACAAACAGAAGAAAAAUGCACAUCAAGGGAGGUCGUGGAUUGGUAGUAAAUCAUGCAGAAUAUGAAGACAACAUUUUAGAAUAUGAUGCUCAGAAAAGGAAUAAGGAGAGUGAAUCUGAAAAUGCAACCAGUAAGUUUGUGGAAUCAGAAAGCACUCCUGGAAGGACAAGUUUCAUCUCUUCGGCGAGUCAAAUAUGUGGGAGUGCAUCUUGUGAAAGUAAAAGCUUAACUGCAAGAGAGUCAGAAGCAAUUUUUGUGAUCAAACAACUCCAGGAUCAGAUUAAAUCACUAGAAAUGGAGAAGGUUGCAAUGCAGAGAAAUUUAGAUAAUGUUAUCGAGUUGGCAACUGAACAGAAUGCUUCAUUCAGAGAGAAGUAUGAAGAGCUCCAUCAAGUGGCUCUAAAUGCACGUGAAGAGGCUAGAGUGGCACAUGAACAACAAGAAAGUAAAGUUGAUUCAUCCAGUAAGAUUUUGAUGGAAAUCCAAGAUAUAGCAUUGCAAGUUGAUCAUUCAAGAAAUGUGGUUGAUAAUAUUACAUCCAUUGUUGAAGAACUCCUGCAAAACUUCUCCAUCCUAUCAAAUUUUUUCCUGGAACUCAAGUCAUUUGCUAGUGAAGAUGUGGAGCAGUUCAAGUCCAUCAUUAGCAGGCAUGAGAAAGCAUGCGGAUUUAUGAGGAAGAGAAUUGAUGAACUUGAGCUAGAAAAGAACCUCUUGCACAAUCAAUCUGUCGAUCACCAGAAACAAAUCCAGGAGCUUAAAUCUGAUCUGGAUACCUGGGAGAAGGCUAUGGCUGAACGUGGUCUUCAACAUGAUUUGGAGAAGGAUGAGCUCCUCUGUCAAGUCCUCGGUCUCCAGAAAGAAGUAUCAUGCUUAUCAUCUUCUUCUUUAACAAAGGAAAAGGAAAAUCUGCGAAAGGAGCUUGAGAAGACAAAAAUGAAGUUGAAAGACACAGAGUUCAAGCUCAAGAAUGCCAUCAAGGAUAAAAUAAAACUUGAGAGUGAGAAAGCACAAGCUGAACGGGAGAUAAAACAAUUGCAAAGUCAGAGGGCUAUUCUCGAACGCAAUAUUUGGAAGCGUGACUCUCUCAUUGAUAGAAGGCGUGAGUCAAAAUCAACUGAUUUUACUAAGCCAAAAGGAGUUAGCAGUGUAGUUGAGCAAACUCUCCAGGAAGACUACCAAAAGCUCGAAGUUCACGCUUUUGAGAUGGAGGCUGAAAUUGCUUCUUUAAAAGAAGCUUUGAUAAGUGCAAUUGGAGAAAAGGAAGAAGCCUUUGCGAGAAAUGACUUCGUGAACUCAGAACUAGAAUCUUUUUCUGACAAAUUGAAUGAAGCAGAUAGCAAAAUUAAGUUGUUAAACGAGGAGGUUGCUGCCGUGACACAAAGGUUGCAUGAAUCUGAAUUCUUUUCCAAGAAAUUGGAAGCUUCUCUUGAUUCACUGUACAAAGAGAAAGAAGAGAUGGCAAUGCAACUUACAGAUGCCCUUCUAGAAGUGGAGGCCGACAAGUCAAGAUGGUCAGCCAAGGAGAAAGCUUUCACUGAGGCCAAUGGGAGAUUAAAGAUAUCCAAUGAUGAGAUUUUGAAGUUAUCAGAAGAUCUAUCAAAGGUGAGACAUGAAUUGGAGUCUUGCAGAGAACAAUGUAGGGUACUAAGGGAAAGAUUGGUUCUUUCUGAGGAAAAUGCAGAAAGAGACAGAGAGUGCAGCACAAUAAAGUCUACAGAGAUUGCUCAGUUAAGAAAUGAGCUUAAACAAUACAUAGUUGACAGUGUUGAACAUGAUAAUGUAAAGUCAAAAGUUGAGCUGCUGUCAUCGGAAUACCAUCUUGCUUAUGAAGAGGUGCAGAGACUGCAAGAGCAAUUGAUCAUCCUUACCAGAGAAAGAGAUAAAUUAUCUCUUCAAGUCAACGAGAUGGAUACAGGAUUCAUUUUGUUAGAAGAUUACCAGAAUCUUAAGAAUCAGCUUCUCACGGUGACAAGUGAAAGAGAUGAUUUGAUGUCUAAAAAUGAAGAGAUGAACACAGUAAUAGUUGAAGCAGAAGUUCUUAGAAAAAAAUAUGAUGACAUGUUAUUGAAAGCCAGAAGAGAUUCAGAUGAAUUUGCUAGAACGAUCUCAAGUAUGGAAGUCAAGAUGCAUACUGAUGCUUUGAACUACAAUAAAGAGAAGACAAAGCUCAGAAUGCGGCUUCGCUCAAUGCAGGCAAAGUUAGAUGCACUCCGUGGUAGGUACAAUGAGGUGAUGGAUGAGAUGGGUCUCAUGAACAACAAAUUUGAAGAAGCAUCCACCAAGUUAAAGAAGCAACUUGCCUCCUACGGAGUUGAAAUACUUCGCUUAAAGAAGCAGCUUUCAACUGAUGAAUGACUUCUGGUAGACAUCAUUAUAUAGAAGAAUAGGGAUCCCUAAUUGUGAAGCAAUUUCUUGUAGACUUGUGUAUUAUAUUUUUGGUUGUCUUGUUCAUGGCUUCAAGUGGGUAUAAAUGUCUGAGUAAUUUUACAAUAUGUAAAUUCUGCCAACACUAAUUAUAAGCCUGGUGUUUAUCAGCGUUUUGCAUUCAAAUUAA